GUCGCGCACAAUUCAACCGGGUUUAUGAUCGUUGAAUUGAAAUCAUUUGAUUUUUCACACGGAAUUUUUAUUCAUAUUUUAGAACGACAGCUGGAUUCCCUGUUCCUGCAAUGGAGUCCCCGGACUGGGGCAGCCCGAGCUGUGUGGACCCUGAGGGGUCGCCAGGUUUGCAGGACUUUGUCUCUCGGCUGUCCCUGCCCCCUAGCCCUGGCCCCAGCCUCCCUGAGCAGGACAGUGUGACUCAGCGGCUUGCUUACUUCUGCAGGGAGGCAGCACUGCUGGGUAUCUCCCCACUCUGUGAGGAGGACAGCUUUGGCAGCCCCCUGUCGUCACGGCAACCAGACCUCUGGGCACUGGUGACCUGCGCCUGUUCCCUGCUGCAGCUCUACCACGAGACCAGUGCCAAACUGGGAACAUUGGAGAACCAGUGGAAGAAAACCAGCAGCGAGAGAGACUACCUGAAGAGCUGCCAGACCAAACUGCAGGGACAGCUGGAUUACGCUGAGCACGAGAUCGCCGCCCUGCAGGCCAGAGAGAGGCAGCUGGUCGGCCAGAGCAGGAGCCUGCAGAGCCUGGUGAAGAGCGAGAAGGAGGAGAACGUGAAGCUGCAGAGCGUGGUCGCGAGCCGGGCCACACAGCACAGCCACGAGAUGAAACGCAAGGAGCAGCAGCUGGGAAAGAUGAAGGAGAAACUGAGCGACAAGAAGGACCGGCGCUGCACCAUAGACAUUCUGAACCCUGUGGGCAGAUCAGACGGGAGGAGAGCCACCUGGAGGACCGGGAGGACUGAGUGCAAGAAGGACGAGGAGAUGUUCCGCAGCCUCAUCAUCUCCCUGGAGAGGCAGCUGAAGGAGGCUGUGCUGGAGAGCCUGGAGCUAAAGGGAGUGCUGGAGCAGCUGAGGAGAGACAUGAGCAGAGUGCUGAGAGACAGGGAGAGCAGUGUCGGGGUGAGGAGGGACAGGGAGAGCGGUGUGGGGGUGAGGAGGGACAGGGAGAGCGAUGUGGGGGUGAGGAGAGACAGGGAGAGCGGUGUGGGGGUGAGGAGGGACAGGGAGAGCGAUGUGGGGGUGAGGAGGGACAGGGAGAGCGGUGUGGGGGUGAGGAGGGACAGGGAGAGCGAUGUGGGGGUGAGGAGGGACAGGGAGAGCGGUGUGGGGGUGAGGAGGGACAGGGAGAGCGGUGUGGGGGUGAGGAGGGACAGGGAGAGCGAUGUGGCGGAGAGAGAUUGGACGGGGGGAGAGAGACCCCUCUAUUUGUCAUGUCUGUUCUCUAUCUAUCAGGUGCUGCUGGAAGAGGAGGAAGGGGAGGGGCUAAGCAGAGAAGAGCUCAACCAGUCACAGGCAGUGGCCCGGGAUCAGCUGACCCACAGCGUGCGACAGCAGUGGCGCAGCCUGAAGAGGAGAGUGGAGGAGCUGGGAGGACUGGGAGCACUGGCUGCCAGGCAGGCUCCCCUGUCGGCCCCCCUGGGUGGGACGGACCAGGAGAAGGAGAUGGCUCGGCUGCAGGUGGAGAUCGAGCAGAGCCGGGAGCUCAUCAGCAUGCAGCAGGAUCUCCUGCAGGAGGGAGCCCUGUCUCUCCCCUCCUCGUUGCGGGACUCCUAUAUCCUGGAAGAGUGUGAGAGGAUGAGGGAGCAGUGGGAGAUGUUUCAGGAGCAGAAGAGUCGAUUCGAGAGGGAGAGGAGGAGCUUCACUGAGGCAGCCAUCAGACUGGGGCACGAGAGGAAGCGUUUCGAUGAGGAGCGGGCGUCUCUCCUGCAGCAGCAGUUCUUCAACCUCUCCCCCUUCCAGGAUCAGAGAGAAGCUCCACGCUGGAACAAACGAGCCCCCUGCAGCCAGCCCUCUCCAGAGCAGGAGUCUCAUCGGCAAGGGGUCUCUGUCCCAACUCUGCACCUGCCUGCUAGCUCCCAGACCCCUGUAUCCGGGUUUAAGUAUGGCUUGCCAGGGAGGGUGUCCACCCCCAGCACUGCUGAGCUAUACCGCUCCCUGAGUCUCAUUCACCAGCCCAGACCGGGCACAGUGAUGGACACGGGGAGCCAGGUGGCCGCAGACACACCCUGGAGGAACAAGGGGCGACUGAACCCCCCUCCACACAUGGACUGCUCCUUCUGACUCCCUACCCUGUGCAACACAUGGACCAGACCGGGAGUCAGUUAGAAUUGUAUUUCCAGUCCCAGCAGCUUUGCUCACUGCAGUUCUGAUCACAAAUACAAAUUGAACCAAAGUUAUUCUGUGUUAGCAAAGCAGAUUGUAUGUCUAAAUAUGUUUAUUGUGUACAGAUAUUAAUAAAGUGCUAGUCUGUUGUAAUGCAGCUUUGUUCAUUUCAAAUGUGUGUAAUGCUGAGUUUACUGGAGAUGCAUUGUUGACAUUAAAAUUGAUUCCAAUACCCCUGCUUGGUAGCUGCAGUUUGGUCUGGCAGUUCUUCACAAAGUGAUUACAAACAUUACAAAAUGAUUUACAUAAAAAUAAAAAAUCUCCACAUUACUAAAAACUAGGAAAAGCAAAGGUGUUUUUAGCAGUGCUUUGCAUUUCUCAAAAAAAUGAGCGCCUCUCUCAACUUGUGCCAAUGAGUCGUAAAGUGGAGGAGCAUUAUUUCAGAAACUCUGACCUCCCAGUGACACGCCUGGGCGAGGGAACAGCCAGCACCCCCCAGAGUGACACGCCUGGGCGAGGGAACAGCCAGCACCCCCCAGAGUGACACCCCUGGGCGAGGGAACAGCCAGCACCCCCCAGAGUGACACGCCUGGGUGAGGGAACAGCCAGCACCCCCCAGAGUGACACGCCUGGGUGAAGGGAACAGCCAGCACCCCCCAGAGUGACACGCCUGGGUGAGGGAACA